GCACUGGCACGCGCCGCAAACGAAGCGCUGGAAUGGAUUAUACAAAUUUAACUAGCGCCAAUUCUCCUAACCGUGAUGCCUGCCUGGUGUUGAACAAGACAAAAAUAUUGAUAAAUCUUUACGAAGGCAUACCGGAAACGCUGUUGUUGAAUGUGAUUGCUUGGUUUUUUCUCAUCCUGCUGUUCAAUCUACUGCGCCAGCAGGCGUGGGAUUAUGGACGGUUGGCCCUGGUCAACAUACAGGGAGAAAAUAAACGAUGGACACAGCUAUUCUAUGCACACCGGAACGCCGGAGGAAGCGGCUCUAGUGAAUCGUCUGACGCGUUCAACAGCAUCAGCAUCGAUCGAGGUUGCUUUUCGUGGAUUUUAGCCACAUUUCGGCUGACCAAAGAACAAAUCCUCACCCACAGCGGGCCGGACGCCGUGCACUACCUUUCAUUUCAGCGGCAUCUGAUGGCGGUGAUGGGCAUCAUGACGGUGGUUUCGAUCGUGAUCAUCCUGCCUAUCAACUUCUCCGGCGCAUUAAGUGGCGACAAGAACUCGUUCGGGCAUACGACCCUCUCUAAUCUGGACCCGAACUCGCCAACGAUGUGGGUGCACGUGUUUUUCGCGAUCGCGUACGUCCCGAUGGUGGUGUUGAUUAUGCGACGUGCGUCCGGAAGAAACGCAUUCAAAACAGCUCCAACGCGCACGAUUAUGGCGACCAACAUUAGCCAGGGUGACUGUAGCAAAACCGUUAUCCGUACUUUUCUGCAUCAACUCUUCCCGGAGGUGGAAAUCCAGGACAUUCAGAUGGCGUAUAAUAUAUCGAGUUUGAUCAAGGCGUCGGAAGAGUACGAGCGAACAGUCGAGGCUAGGAUCUUCUGCGAAGCGCAACGUGGAGCAAACGCUAUCGAGGCAAAACCAUUAUUUUUCAGUUGCAACAAAGUGGACGCCCUCGAGUACUACAAGGAAAAGGAGGUUCAACUGGGUGGUGAGGUAGCACGGUUACGGGCCUCGGCCCUGAACGAACCGCUUGGUAUCGCAUUUGUGACGCUCCGUUCCAUACAAGAUGCACAACACGUGAUGUUACAUUUCAAACCCGGUACGUAUCGUUCGUGGAACCUUUCGUUCGCGCCGGCACCGUCGGACAUCUUCUGGGAAAAUCUCAACAUCGAUACCGCUCAGUGGUACUGCAAGUGGGCCACUGUCAAUUUUGCGUUGUUCGUGUUUCUUUUCUUCCUCACCACUCCGGUCAUCAUCGUGAACUCUCUGGAUACUCUUUCACUUACCAAAAAUACCACCUCGCAGAUAAGCAAAAUUAGUCCUUUGAUUUCUGAGUUCCUGCCGACGCUUCUUCUAUGGUCCCUAUCGGCGUUAAUGCCGGUAAUCGUGGCCUACUCGGACACCUGGUUAUCGCAUUGGACGCGUUCAAGGCAAAAUUACCUCAUCAUGACCAAGACUUUCGGCUACCUGUUAUUUAUGAUCCUGAUUUUACCUUCACUCGGACUCACCAGCGCCCAGGCAUUGCUACAAUGGACGAUCGAGUCGAACGACACGUACCGCUGGGAUUGCAUCUUUCUGCCGGACAAGGGUGCAUUCUUUGUGAACUACAUCAUUACGGCCGCGUUCAUCGGUACCGCACUCGAGUUGAUCCGCUUUCCCGACCUGAUCUGCUACAUCUGGAAACUGGCGACGGCCAAAUCGCGUGCCGAAACGCCUUACAUCCGGAAGACAAUCCUCAUCACGUUUCCGUUCGGCAUUCACUACGCGUGGAUGUUGAUGGUGUUUACGACAAGCACGGUGUACAGUCUUGCCUGCCCACUGAUAAUGCCGUUCGCAAUGGUGUACAUUACCUUGAAGCACUUUGUCGACAAGCAUAACCUUUUCUUUGCAUUCGCACCGUCCAACAUGAUUAGCCAGGGCAGUGGCGGCAAGAUACACAGCACCGCAGUUACUAUGACCAAGAUUUCCGUAGUGUUACUGCUCGUCAUUAUGGCCGCACUGGCAGUGGUACGAACGGCCGCGGUGGAAAUGCGCGCCGUCGUGCUGCUACUGGCCCUAUGUGGCACGCUAGUGAUGUUUGCCAGCAUGUCACCGAUCAAACGAUGCACUACAAAGCCGUUACGCAUCGUGGAAACGGGUGACGAUGCGCCUAUCUAUGUCGCGGACGUACUGAUCAAUCGUCGCAUGGUGUCGGACAGCCCAUCGCAUCUCAGCUACGGCUCCGACACCACCAUGAACAUAGCGUUGAACGACGCUGGCGUUAGUGUGACCCCCGAAGUUCGAGAUGCGAUGAGAAACAUCCAGAAGCUGCUCGAGUUUCUCACGAUUGUUCUCGCAGUAUUCCGUCAAGGGUUAACCAGUAGUAACAAAAUGCCUUCUGCAAUCGGAAUUGACCUGGGCACCACGUACUCGUGCGUCGGUGUGUUCCAGCAUGGAAAGGUAGAAAUCAUCGCCAACGACCAGGGCAACCGUACGACCCCGAGCUAUGUUGCCUUCUCGGACACAGAGCGGCUCAUCGGCGACGCGGCCAAGAACCAGGUGGCCAUGAACCCCACAAACACAGUGUUCGACGCUAAGCGAUUGAUUGGACGCAAGUAUGACGACCCCAAGAUUCAGGCCGAUCUGAAGCACUGGCCGUUCACGGUGGUCAACGAUUGCGGCAAACCAAAGAUUCAGGUGGAAUUCAAAGGCGAGCGUAAGACAUUCGCCCCGGAGGAGAUCAGCUCGAUGGUGCUUACCAAGAUGAAGGAAACGGCCGAAGCAUACCUGGGCCAGUCGGUGAAGAACGCGGUCAUCACUGUUCCAGCGUACUUUAACGACAGUCAACGCCAGGCCACGAAGGACGCCGGAGCCAUCGCAGGUCUGAAUGUGAUGCGAAUCAUCAACGAACCGACGGCCGCCGCCUUGGCGUACGGUUUGGACAAGAAUCUGAAGGGAGAGCGCAACGUGUUAAUCUUCGACCUGGGCGGAGGAACGUUCGACGUGUCCAUCCUGACCAUUGACGAGGGAUCGCUGUUCGAGGUGCGCGCCACUGCUGGAGAUACUCAUCUGGGCGGCGAAGACUUCGACAACCGGAUGGUGGCCCACUUCGUCGAAGAGUUCAAGCGGAAGCACAAGAAGGACCUAUCGAGGAACGCCAGGGCCCUUCGCCGCCUGAGAACGGCCUGCGAGCGAGCCAAGCGCACCCUGUCUUCCAGCACGGAGGCCACGAUUGAGAUUGACGCCCUGAUGGAUGGAAUCGACUAUUACACCAAGAUCAGCCGUGCGCGCUUCGAGGAACUGUGCUCGGAUCUGUUCCGUUCAACUUUGCAACCGGUGGAGAAAGCCCUUUCGGAUGCCAAGAUGGACAAGAGCUCCAUCCACGAUAUCGUCCUGGUCGGUGGUUCGACCCGCAUCCCGAAGGUGCAAUCGUUGUUGCAGAACUUCUUCUGUGGCAAGUCGUUGAACCUGUCCAUCAAUCCCGACGAGGCGGUGGCUUAUGGUGCAGCGGUGCAGGCGGCCAUUCUGAGUGGGGACAAAGAUGAGAAGAUCCAGGAUGUGCUGUUGGUGGACGUGGCUCCGCUGUCGCUGGGAAUCGAAACGGCCGGAGGCGUUAUGACGAAGUUGAUCGAACGCAACUCACGCAUUCCCUGCAAGCAGACGCAGACCUUCUCCACCUACGCGGACAAUCAGCCGGGAGUGUCGAUCCAGGUGUUCGAGGGCGAACGAGCGAUGACGAAGGACAACAACCUGCUGGGUCAGUUCGAUCUGUCCGGCAUUCCACCAGCGCCACGUGGAGUACCGCAAAUCGAAGUGACUUUUGACUUGGACGCCAACGGCAUCCUGAACGUGUCGGCGAAGGAAAAGAGCACCGGCAAGGAGAAAACGAUCACGAUCAAGAACGACAAGGGUCGACUGUCGCAGGCCGACAUCGAUCGCAUGCUGGCCGAGGCGGAGAAGUUCCGCGAGGAGGACGAAAAGCAACGAGAGCGUGUCGCUGCCCGCAACCAGCUUGAGGCGUACUGCUUCAAUCUGAAACAAUCGCUGGAAUCGGCAGGAUCGAAGCUAAGCGAAAGCGACCGAAAAACCGUGCAGGACCGGUGCGACGAGACGCUGCGUUGGAUCGACGGCAACACCAUGGCCGAGAAGGAGGAGUUCGAGCACAAGAUGCAGGAGUUGACGCGCGCCUGCAGUCCUAUCAUGGCGAAGCUACACCAACAGUCGGGUGCUGGGCCGGCACCGAGCAGUUGUGGCCAACAGGCAGGAGGCUUCGGUGGACGCUCUGGACCCACGGUUGAGGAGGUGGAUUAA